AUGGCAAAAGUGUUGUCAUUGUUCCGCCAUUUCUUUUGGCUGGUAUCAUCAUAUUUACUGUUUCUUUCUUUCUUUCUUUCUUUCUUUCUUUCUAUCUAUCUAUCUAUCUAUCUAUCUAUCUAUAAGUCCUAUUCUAUUUUCUAUUUCUUGUUUCUUUCUUUCUUUCUUUCUAUCUAUCUAUCUCAGUUUGUUUCUAUCUAUCUGUCCGAUUCUCUUUGUCUGUUAGCCUAUUUCUUUCUUUCUUUCUUUCUUUCUUUCUUUCUCACCUAUUUCAUUUCAUUUUCUUUCUUUCUUUCUUUCUUUCUUUCUUUCUUCAUUCAUGUCUAUCUCAGUCUAUUUCUUGUUUCUUUCUUUCUUUCUUUCUUUCUUUCUUUCUUUCUUUCUUUCUUUCUUUCUUUCUCAGUUUGUUUCUAUCUAUCUGUCCGAUUCUCUUUGUCUGUGAGCCUAUUUCUUUCUUUCUUUCUUUCUUUCUUUCUUUCUUUCUUUCUUUCUAACCGACUCCAUCCUUUAUUUCUUCUCUCUCCUUUCUUUCUUUCUUUCUUUCUUUCUUUUCUUUCUUUCUUUCUUUCUUUUCUUUUCUUUCUUUCUAACCGACUCCAUGUCUUUCCUAGCCUUUAUUUCUUCUCUCUCACUUUCUUUCUUUCUUUCUUUCUUUCUUUCUUUCUUUCUUUCUUUCUUUCUUUCUUUCUUUCUUUCUCAGUUUGUUUCUAUCUAUCUGUCCGAUUCUCUUUGUCUGUGAGCCUAUUUCUUUCUUUCUUUCUUUCUUUCUUUCUUUCUUUCUUUCUUUCUUUCUUUCUUUCUUUCUUUCUAACCGACUCCAUGUCUUUCCUAGCCUUUAUUUCUUUCUUUCUUUCUUUCUUUCUUUCUUUCUUUCUUUCUUUCUUUCUUUCUUUCUUUCUUUCUUUCUAUUUCUGA